AUAGAGGAAGGAGAGCAUGUGAACUAUACACCCCACACAUGAGGAGAGAGUUGGACAGAGGAGCUGUGUGUGUGGAGAGCAGUGAGAAGUGUCCUUCUGAUCCAAACAGAGUUAUGUACUGUGCUCAUCCUGCCACUGGGACAGGCAACAACUCAUUGAUGUACUGCUACAACAUGAAGCCAGUUUAUGGGCAACCUCCCAGCUCUGACGGCCUCAACCACAACUCAACUUCCCACUCAUCAGGCAAAGUCGCCAGCAAUGUGUUUGCAAGCUCCUUUUUUGAAGGGAUGAGUAAUUCUCCUGACAUCUGGAGCGCUGUAAACGGGCUGAACCAGCAUGGCUAUGAAGGGGCCCUGGGGCCUUCUGUGGGCCACCAAACACAGCUGGGGAGCUACAGCUGCCUGCAGCCCACACGUGCAAACCUGGACUUCUCUCCUCAGUCGAUGAUAUCGGCUGAAAUGAACAGGGGUCUACCGCCGAUGUCCACCUUUCACCGUAACAACGCAGUAUCUCGCUCUCCCUCUGAGAACCCCUCAGAGAAUACAGCAGUCUCAGGAAGCCACCUAACUGUGUCAGGAGCGUCACAGACAGGGGAUACCUUGGGAAAAGCUCUGGCCUCUAUCUAUUCCCCCGAUCACACCAGCAGCAGCUUCCCCUCCAGCUCCUCCACACCAGUGAGGUCUCCGUCCCCGCUGCCAAACACAGCUGAAUCUACAGGAAACAAUCUGUGGAGCCGCAGUUCAGUCCAGCCGCCGGUGUCUCCGCACUUUGAGUCCUCACUCAUAUCGAUGUCUCAGGUGGAGGACCGCCUGGACAGACUGGACGACGUUAUCCACGUUCUGAGGAACCACGCCGUGGGCCCCACCUCCUGUCUGCCCGGUGACAUCCAUGGCUUGCUCAGCCAGUCCCACCAGAACCAGCCGGGCCCCAUCGGCACGCUACCUCUGACCUGCCACACUCCGACUAUGGUGGAAGCCGUCUCCAUGAACAACAAUCAUUCAGCCUUCCAGAGCAGAGCACAAAAUGGCCAUCCCUACCCUCCCAGGCAGAGGGCCGUGUUUAUGCAAGGGACAGGAGGAGGUGGAGUCCAGAGUAACCUGGAGUUAAAGAUGGAGAGCAGGGAAGGGGAGGAGAUGAUGCACAAUGACCACGACCAUGGCUCAAACAGCCCAAGAUCAGAUGAUGAGAGCGAAAGCAAAACACAUGGAGAAAACAGCACUCAAAACAGCAUCCAUGAGGACGAAGACCUGAGCCCCGAGCAGAAGGCCGAACGCGAGCGAGAGAGGAGGAUGGCCAACAACGCCAGAGAACGCCUGCGUGUGCGGGAUAUCAACGAGGCCUUCAAGGAGCUGGGCCACAUGUGUCAGCUGCACCUGAAGAGUGAGAAGCCGCAGACCAAACUGCUGGUGCUGCACCAGGCGGUGGCAGUGAUCCUGAGUCUGGAGCAGCAGGUCAGAGAAAGAAACCUGAACCCCAAGGCUGCAUGUCUACGGAGAAGAGAGGAAGAGAAGGCGUCCGGCAUCAUGUCGGAUCCACAGUCUGUACAUCUCGCUUUUCAUCCAAGUCUGACAGACCCUUCAAACCCCAUGGGUCACCUCUGAGCAUCUCUUACAGACAACCUAAAGCCCACAUAAAAUCCAGGAGGAUGCAGCUCCUGUCAGGUGUCCAGUGUUUCCAGUAAAUUCAUCCGGAGCAGCUCAGGCUCCCAGACCGGAAAGCGUGAUGCUAUUGGACAAUCAUUCCUUCUCUUCCCAAAUGGAUUUUUUAUAACUUUGUGCCUAAAUAUGAUUUGUAUCAGACAAAUGCAUUGUAAGCUGCAGAUGUUUUGUACAUAUUUUUUUAGAUUGAUUGGUAAUAUUUCUGUUGCAAUACAUCAGAACGGACGGAUCUGAUAACGUAGAGCUUCAUGUGCUGUUUAAAAUGGGAAAAAAAAAAGGUUUGCUGGUUAUAUUUUCAGCGUUUCAAUAUAUAUCACAAAGCUCAGUGGACGGACUUUCUCAUAUUUCUGUGUUUUUUUUUAUUGUGGGCUCUAUGUGUGUGGGAGUGAGUGUGUAAAUACUGCAGGGGUUUGAACAUUCUGUGAAUGAACAGAUCUCAAGGAAUGUUCUUUUUAAUCAAACAUGGGGAUCAAACCGUGUCUGUAAAGGUGAUCAAUGUUUCUUCAAUGCACUGCAACAAAAAUCUUAUUUCCUGCGUCGACGGUGGAGAUAAUCCACCAUCUUCUUGUAAUUAUCGCUCCUCGGAUGUCGUCAAGCAAACUCUGUGCAUGUUUAAGUUUUUAAUUGAAAAUUAUCUUUUUUUUUUAAGUUAUAAGUUAUCUUUUAUACAAUUUGUGAACUUAAUAAUGUGCUUUUAAUUGUUAUUUUAAUCAUGAAGACUGUUUUGUGCAGUUUAUAGAUGUACUUACAUUUAAUGAUCUGAGCAAUACAGUGUUACUAAAGAGGC